CUUCUUCUCACGGAUCACAACGUAACCUCCGGUCACCGAUGCCGGAGAGAACCGGAAAGACUUCGAAGACUAAAAUUGAGCAAAAAGGUGUUUCUAAGCAACCAAACUUUCGUGGGGUCAGAAUGAGACAAUGGGGAAAAUGGGUGUCUGAAAUUAGAGAACCAAGAAAGAAAUCAAGAAUCUGGCUCGGCACUUUCUCUACGCCGGAGAUGGCGGCGCGUGCACACGACGUGGCGGCUUUAGCCAUCAAGGGCGGCUCUGCUCACCUUAAUUUCCCGGAGCUCGCUUACCAUUUGCCGAGACCGGCAAGCGCCGACCCUAAAGAUAUUCAAGAAGCCGCUGCAGCAGCAGCUGCCGUUGACUGGAAAGCACCGGAGUCUCCGUCUAGCACCGUGACGUCAUCUCCAGUCGCUGACGACGCUUUCUCCGAUCUCCCUGAUCUUUUGCUUGACGUGAAUGAUCACAACAAAAACGAUGGAUUCUGGGACUCGUUUCCGUACGAAGAUCCUUUCUUCUUGGAAAAUUAUUAGAAGGCAAAUUCUUGCCGGCGAAUGAAUUUUCCGGUGGUUUUCCCGGUAAAUAAGAAGACGGUGUCGUUUUGUACCUCUUUUUUCUUUUUUGUCUCUGUUGGGAAAUUUCUUUUUGUACGUGUGAGUAAAAAGUUUCCGAAUGU